GGAUAAAUUUGGGGUGAUGGGAAAGGCGCGAGGGGCUCCCAAAACGGCAACAUCUCGAUAUUCUGGACAGCAGAAAUAGAUAGGAGAGUGGGGACAACCCAGAACGAAGCGCCUCCGCGUCUUCUACGCUGUCCAUGGCCCAAGCUCUCCUUCCCUCCUCUCUCCUACGUCUCUCUCUCCCCUCUCUCUCGCGAAUAAUCCCACAUCGCAUAAAUCUAAUUUUCUCUCUUUUUUUUCUUCAUGCAGAUGCCACUGCCGCCAAAUCCGCGCGAGCUCGCCCCGUUCCAUGGCUACGCCCCUCCUCCAAGGCUCCUGAGCUCGUCUUUUCCUUCAAGCGCGGCUCUCCCCAUUUUUUUUGGAUUACAUCUAGGAGAAGGAAAAAUGUAUGUCGAGCAAUGUCAGUUUCCAUAAGGUGUGAGCAGGGUACAAAGCAGAACAAUGGAUUGGAUGUAUGGCUCGGUCGCCUUGCGAUGGUUGGGUUUGCAACAGCAAUAACUGUUGAAAUAGCGACAGGGAAAGGACUUCUAGAGAAUUUUGGAUUCACUACGCCACUACCAACAUUAGCAUUGGUUGUUACAGCAUUAGUGGGUGUUCUGACAGUGUUCUUUAUCUUUCAGUCUGCCUCACAAGAUUGAUUGCUCUUGAAGAUGUAUAUAUGUUUUCCAGUUUAAGGUUCCUAGAUUUCAUCAUUUUUUUCAUGCCUAUGUAUUAGCUGCUAAACGACAGUUCUAUUAUGCAAGGAAGAUGGUUUAUGUAAUGCGUGGAUCCAUUUUGCAUGCUUUUCAUUGGAAAAGUAAUGCAUGGAGAUGGUUUAUGUAACAUUUCUUUUGUUUAGAAACCUGGCAUUGUAUCCUAUUACUUGCAGUAUACAUCCCAAAUCACUCUAUUGCCUGCUAUGCAAAA